AUGGAUGGCUCGGUGACAAAGUUGGCCACAGAGUCAUCUGUUGACCGAUUGACGACGCUAUCCAGAGAUAUUGAAGUGAAGACACGAUUUCUGACCGAUGCCUUACGAUCAAAGGGCCUUGAAGCCCCUUCCUACCAGGCAAACGGUCUUUCUGACUUUCCCCUUACUGAAGUCGAAGCCGUGAAGGCCAGGCAGGAACUCGUGGCGUUGACGAAGGAACUGCAUGAUCUCGUUCUGGGCCCGCGAGAAAGCUUGAAGAAUAUGGCUUGGGAAUCAAUCAGCUACAUACCUUUGCAGGCAAUAUGCGAGUUUAAAAUUGCAGAGGCCGUACCAUUGACAGGUUCCUUCUCCUAUGAAGAAUUAGCAAUCAGAGUACAUACUUUGACUGGCGCCACGAUAUUACCAUCAGAUCUACGACGAUUGAUGCGCCUCGCAAUUGCCAACAAUAUAUUUCACGAGCCAAAGAUUGGUUCGGUCGCUCAUAAUCGGGCAUCUUUGCUGCUUCUAGAAGAUGAGUCCCUGGCCAGCUGGGCAGCAUUUUAUACCAUGGACCUCUUGGCUCCUAUAUCUCAAACUGUCACUGCCAUGAAGACGUGGCCCGGAUCUCAGGAGACCAACCAGACGGGUGUAAACAUUGCCUUCAAUCACAAGGAUAGCUUCUUCGAUCAUCUGCAGGCGGACGAAGCCCGAGCGAAGCGAUAUGACCUGAUGUUGCAGUCUCAUGGCCAGCGAGAGGGAUACAAUCUAUCACACACCGUUUCAGGAUACCCUUGGGCGAAACUGGGUGAAGCAACUGUUGUUGACAUGGGCGGUAAUGAAGGAUUCGUAGCAAUUGCUCUUGCUGAAGCCUUCCCCUCGCUGUCCUUUAUCGUGCAAGAUUUGGAAGGCAUGCGAACACCUGAAAUGACGGAUAAGAUACCUCCGCAUCUCUCCAAUCGGAUAUGCCUCACGACACACGACUUCUUCCAGCCUCAGACGGAGACGGCGGACGCAUAUCUCUUUCGACACAUUUUCCAUGCUUUCUCGGACAAAUACGCCAUCAACAUCCUCCGUGCGCUAAUACCUGGCUUGAAACCGGGAGCUCGCAUCAUAAUCAAUGAUAUCGUGCUCCCUGACCCCGGCGUGGUGUCACGAUUGGAGGAAAAGAGCAUUCGGACGAUGGACGUGCUGAUGAAGGCGGUGUGCAAUUCCCGGGAGCGGGAGAUGGAUGACUGGAGGAGCCUGUUUGAGCAGGCUGACAAGCGGUAUCGAUGGCAAGGUGCGUGGAAGACGAGCGGCAAGUUGUGGUUUAUAGAGAGCACGUGGGAGCCUUAG